AUGAAAAGUCAUAUAGAGACGGUUGAGGAAAGUGUGUCGAGUUUGGUUUCUAUUCAUAGCCAAGUGAGGAAGAUAAAACGAGAGCUGGAGAAAAUGAAUCAUCCGACAUUAAUCGAGCAGUUGGAGAUGAGAUCGGUAUUGCGAGAAUUUUCGAAAUCGCAGGAUCAUUUUCGCUCGCCUUUAGGGAUUUCCGACAGGCCUAUCUUGAUCGACGGCGAUGGCGGUGCGGGAAGAGGCAAUGGUCAGUUGGUAGUGGAGGGGAUAUCAUGUAACACCCGCAAAUUCGGGCUAAUCAAUUAA